UCUAUAUAUCCUUUCGUGUACUUUUGUUAAAUUCUACUCCUACUAAAAGAGAUAGUGAGGAAUUCAUACAUUUCCCUCCUUUAUGUAUCAUGUGUUUUUGUUGGGCAGCUUUUGAGUGAAUACAAGAUGUUUCUCACAAGGACUGAAUACGAUAGAGGGGUCAAUACAUUCUCUCCAGAAGGUCGAUUGUUUCAGGUUGAAUAUGCCAUUGAGGCAAUUAAGCUGGGUUCCACUGCAAUUGGGUUGAAAACCAAGGAGGGCGUUGUUCUUGCUGUUGAGAAGCGUAUCACUUCACCACUCCUGGAGCCCAGCAGCGUGGAGAAAAUUAUGGAAAUUGACGAUCACAUUGGCUGUGCAAUGAGUGGGCUGAUUGCUGAUGCUCGUACUCUCGUUGAACAUGCUCGAGUUGAAACUCAAAAUCAUAGAUUCUCUUAUGGUGAGCCCAUGACUGUUGAGUCUACUACACAAGCUCUAUGUGACUUGGCCUUGCGAUUUGGUGAAGGGGAUGAAGAAUCUAUGUCUCGACCAUUUGGAGUAUCUCUUCUCAUUGCUGGCCAUGAUGAGAAUGGACCUAGCCUAUACUACACAGAUCCAUCUGGCACUUUCUGGCAGUGCAAUGCGAAAGCUAUUGGUUCAGGUUCUGAAGGUGCUGACAGCUCUUUGCAGGAACAAUAUAACAAGGACAUAACUCUUAAAGAAGCCGAAACAAUAGCUCUUUCCAUCUUGAAGCAAGUUAUGGAAGAAAAGGUGACACCCAAUAAUGUUGACAUUGCGAAGGUUGCUCCAACUUACCAUUUAUAUACUCCUUCGGAGGUAGAGGCUGUAAUAAGUCGCCUAUGAGAAGAAAAUCCUUCACUAUCCCAUUUGUUGGCGGGGGUUUAAUUACAGUUAUGCUUGCGUACGAUUUAAAUUGCUUUGUUGGGAGCUUGUUAUUUGCUUCUUGUAUUGGAUUUUAACUAGGCAAUCAUUUUUGUUCCGUUACUUAACCAUGUACUUGGAUGUAAUAACUUCUUUCAAGAUCUCUGAGUUUGGUGGCUUCUAUUAUGGGGAAAGCACAAAAACAGGCAAA